AUGAAGAAUUUUGGUUUUGGGGAAAAGUGGGUGAGGAGGAUCAAAACAUGCACAUCUUCAGCCAAGAUAUUUGUUCUGGUUAAUGGAUCUCCAUCGGCUGAAUUUACACCUCAAAAAGAGCUUAGGCAGGGAGACCCGUUAUCACCAUUCUUGUUCAACAUUGUUGUUGAAGGAUUGAAUAUACUGAUUGAAAGGGCAAAGGAGUUAGGUUUUUUAAAAGGUGCCACUGUUGGGCCCAAUGAGUUGAAGAGUGUGGUGUGUGGGGUUGGUGUUAAAAAUGAGGAAAUUAAUGAUUUUGUCUCAAUUCUACACCGCCAUAGCCAAAAACUUCCUAUUACUUAUAUGGGCAUGCCUCUUGGGGUAAAUCCUAGAAGAAAGAGCACUUGGAAUCCAGUGAUCGAAAAAGUAAAGAACAAAUUGGCUUCAUGGAAAAGGAAGAUGCUCUCAUUUGCUGGUAGAUUAACAUUACUGAAGUUAGACAGGAUUCAAGCAGCUUUUCUGUGGGAUGAUUCUGAAACAAAGAAGAAAUUUAACAUGGUAAAUUGGAAUGAGGUAUCAACAAACAUUGAUCAAGGGGGAUUGGGGGUUAGAAAUCUAAGAGAAGUUAAUGACUGCCUUCUACUCAAUGGUGGUGGAGAUUUGGGAAAGAGGAUACACCUCUGUGGGAAAAUAUUGUGUGUAGUAAGUAUGGUGUGGUUGGGGGCAGCAUGGGAGGAAGAGGAGGUCCCACGGUUGUAUGAUUUGCUAAGGGAAGCACCUAGUCUUUCCAUGGAGACUGAGGAUUCGUGUAAAUGGGUGGACAAUCCAAUAGGAUCAUUUACAGUAGCAGUGGCAUGGAAGUGGUGUAUGUCAUUAAAAAGUCCUACUGUCAGUGUUACUAAGGAAUUAUGGAACAAUGUUGCUCCACCCAAGGUAAAGUUUUGUGGGUGGUUAGCAUGGAGAGCUAGGCUUAAAACUGUAGCUGUCUUAAUGAGUUUUGGAGUGUUAAAUGAGGAAUCAAAUGCAUUGUGCUUGCUUUGUAAAACAGAGGAGUCAGUUUAG